CAACUCCUCUACCGAAGCUAAACUCUAGCUUUCACCAAGAAAGAAAGACUGUGACCGGAGCAGCAGAGAAACGCUACGAGACAAACGAGACAAGAGAUCAACUUGAUCAGAAAAGGUUUCUCAAGCUCAAACUCUUAAAGACGAAAGGAAGACCUUCUCAUCGAGGCUUAAGGAAAAACUAGAAUCUAUUUCUACAAGGAAGAAAAGAUGUCUGCUGGAAUGAAGAAAAUUAUUUUGCUGCCUUUCCUGUGCAUCCUGCUCUCAUACAUGGCUGCAGGUCAGGAGUGCAGCGGCCAGUGUUCGUGCCCCGCCACUCCCCCUCAGUGUCCCCCAGGAGUGAGCCUGGUGCUGGACGGCUGCGGCUGUUGCAGGGUGUGCGCCAAACAGAUGGGGGAGCUCUGCACAGAGAAGGACGUCUGUGACCCACACAAAGGCCUCCACUGUGACUUCGGAGCCCCCAUCAACAGACGCAUUGGAGUCUGCACAGCCCGAGAGGGAGCCACCUGUGUGUUCGGAGGAAUGGUGUACAAGAGCGGAGAGACUUUCCAGAGCAGCUGCAAGUACCAGUGUACCUGUCUGGAUGGAGCUGUAGGCUGUGUCCCUCUUUGUUCCAUGGACAUCCGGCUGCCCAGUCCCGACUGCCCCAUGCCCAGACGGGUCAAGGUGCCAGGGAAGUGCUGCGAGGAGUGGGAGUGUGAUUCUCCCUACAGACACAGUUUCAUGGGCUCUGUUUUACCUGGUAAGUUAGUCUCCCUUUUCUGCAUCAUUAAGUAUUUUUUUGCUGCUGUUUAUACUCAGAUAACCGGUGAUCAGGAUGGUGUUUCUAAUCCAGUGUUUCCUCUUGUGUUCACAGCCUACAGAGAGGAGGAGACCUAUGGUCCAGAUCCCUCUUUGAUGAGGGAGAACUGCCUGGUUCAGACUACUGAAUGGAGCGCCUGCUCUAAGACCUGUGGCCUUGGGAUCUCCACCAGGGUCACCAAUGAUAACCGUGAAUGCCGCCUUGAGAAACAGACCCGGUUGUGCAUGGUGCGACCCUGCGAGUCACAGCUGGAGCAGAGCAUUAGGAAAGGAAAAAAAUGCAUCCGUACUCCCAGACUCUCCAAGCCCAUGAAGUUUGAGAUCUCUGGCUGCACCACCACCAAGUCCUACAGGCCAAAGUUCUGCGGCGUCUGCCUGGACGGCCGCUGCUGCACCCCCCACAGGACCACCACCCUGCCCAUGGAGUUCAAAUGCCCCGACGGACAGGUCAUGAAGAAACACAUGAUGUUCAUCAAGUCCUGCGCCUGCCACCACAACUGCCCUGGGGAGAACGACAUCUUCGAGUCCAUGUAUUACAAGAAGAUGAUGGGAGACAUGGCAUGAGCCACUCAAGGACGAUCAGAGCAUAUGACUUGAAAACAAAAAAAAGAACUCCAUCUCAUUUUGCAGCUCAGUAUAUAUGUUUUUUUCAUGUUUUACUUUGUCAUUUUCUCAUUGUAAAAGUAGUCCAGACACUUGUCUAAGUGUCUGUGUUUUGUAUGGCUGGUGCACAUCAGCCACAUAGACUCAGACAGAGGGCUGCAUAGCAGCUCCAAGAGAUUCCUGCACUAUAACUUCUAUUUUUGACAAACUUGCUGUCAGGUUUCCGCCCGUUCUCCUUGAAAUUUUUUUUUUUUUUUUUAUAAAACCCGUCCAUUUUACGGUAUGCAUUUUCAUACCUUAUCUAAACCUUGACCUUCUCUAAAAAAAAGAGUUGUCUAAUAACUCCACCCCACCCCCCGAGCCCAGACCAGACCUGCAAACUCUAAGCAGCUGUAGAGGGAGCACGCAGACCACAGCAGGCCAGUGUUCCCCUGUCCAAACAGGUCUGAAUGUGUCCUUGUGUGUAUGCAUGUGUGUGUGUGUGUGUUUGUGUUUGUGUUUGUUAGCGCAGGCCUGAAUGUCAGCCUUGUCUGUAGCUACGCUGUUAAAUCUGCUCUCAGAGUAGAGGAAAGGUCAGAGUUUCCGUCCAACAUGUGGAUGAGAAAGCAAGCAGCGUGCUGAGUUUCGGGUUAGAUAUGGAACACAGUGGGCUUUGCCACGGCACUGAGGAAAAAAAAAAAAAAAACUUUGACUAUUACUGAUUCAGGUCAGAAGGAAGAAACCAAGUGUCUAUUUUGUACAAAAAAUAGAAGAAAAGACUGGAAGAAUUGUAAUUUCAUUCCUUUUUUUUAUUGUGGAUGUGUAAAUGAUGUAUAUAUUUGUACAGUUUAAGUUAAUUUAAAAGCCAAAUUUGUUCUGUGCUUCAAAAUGUAUCGAUAGUGUAUUUUUUGUUGACAGUAUUUUUUACUAUUUUAUUGAGAAGUGUGACAAAAAUGUUACAUGUUUUACUUUGUAGCUGGAAAUAAAAUGUUAUAUUUUUUAUACAAA